GUCUUAAUUCUGCAUUCAUCACAUCAAAUACAUCCUAAGUUUACUCGUUUAUGUCUACUUCUCAUUCUUCACAUACCAAGUUCCUUCGAUUCGAUCCCCUUCUCUCCCUCUAUUUUCAUUGUGCGACCAAAUUCAUAUUUCAUGCUCCUUCUCAUUCCAAUCAUUAAGUUCUGAACGUUUUCGGGUAAACGCUUAGCCAUAUUAUAUAUUCAAUCUUGCGUGUGUGGCGAUAAUGACGACAUAUCCCCCAUUAUUUUUUUCAAACGUAAACGGAAUUUGAAGACCCAUUGUUCGCUUUCCCAUUCUCCAACCAUCGCAAACCCACCACCGCCCCAAAGUUGAAUCCUUUCUUCAUCGGAUACCCCGAAUUUUGUUCCGGUAAGAAAAGAUCGAAAUUUUAACUUUGUUCUUUUGGGUACCCGAGCGUUUAUUUCGUGUAAAAAAAAUCUGCUAUUCAUGUUCUGAUUUCGUAUUUGAGGUUCUCCGUUAUGGAUAUGCGAGGAGAUGGGAUUUUCCCGGAUGAGGUUGUCAUUCAGAUUCUUGCAAGGUUGCCUGUGAAGUCCCUUUUCAAGUUCAAAACCGUGUGCAAACUGUGGAAUAGGUUGUCUUUGGAUAAGUAUUUUGUUCAACUCUACAAUGAGGUUUCUAGGAAGAACCCCAUGAUUCUGGUCGAGGUUUCUGAUUCGUAUGGGUCCAAAUCUAGCUUAAUAUGUGUUGAUAAUUUAAGGGGUGUGUCUGAAUUUUCACUGAGUUUCUUGAAUGAUAGAGUUAAGGUUCGAGCAUCUUGUAAUGGCUUGCUGUGUUGCUCUAGUAUUCCUGAUAAGGGUGUCUUCUAUGUCUGCAAUCCGGUCACUCGCGAGUACCGGUUGCUUCCCAAGAGUAGGGAAAGGCCUGUGACUCGGUUUUAUCCGGAUGGUGAGGCUACCUUGGUUGGCUUGGCCUGUGAUUCUUCUUAUCAGAAGUUCAAUGUUGUUCUGGCGGGCUACCAUCGCACUUUUGGUCAUAGGCCAGAUGGGAGUUUCAUAUGUUUGGUCUUUAAUUCUGAGUUGAACAAGUGGAGGAAGUUUGUCUCAUUACAAGAUGACCAUUUCACUCACAUGAAUAAGAACCAGGUUGUUUUUGUCAAUAAUGCUCUGCACUGGUUGACAGUUAGCUCUACUUAUAUACUUGUGCUUGAUUUAAGUUGUGACGUUUGGAGGAAGAUGCAACUACCUUAUGACUUGAUUUAUGGAAAUGGUUAUAGGAUUUAUCUCUUGGACUUUGAUGGCUGCUUGUCUGUUAUUAAAAUUUCAGAAGCAUGGAUGAAUAUAUGGGUGCUAAAAGAUUACUGGAAUGAUGAAUGGUGUAUGGUGGAUAAGGUGAGUCUGAGGUGUAUCAGAGGAAUGGUACCAGGCAUUUUCCCGAUCAGUCAGACAGGUCCUAUCACAAAAUAUUUUAGCAUCAUCUAUUGGAUUUAUCUGUUCACUCGCACAAAGUACAAAACAGGUGAGAUUUAUCUCUCUAUCAACUAAAUCUUGUGGCGAUAUUGUUAGCCACUUUUAUGUAUUUGAUGUGGUGGAUACCUGAUAAUUCCACAAUGAUUAGGAUUGCUAAGGGGAAGAACUGAAGUUAGCUUCUCUUUUGCAUAAACUAAAUCAUAGAAGUUCUCUCAUAUAAACUUCUCUAAAUUUUUAAUUUGCACAUAAGCUAAUUUUAGCUUAUGGAGAACUUAAUUUCAGUUUUCUCUCCUAAAAGAGUCUAUGGAAAAGUUUGUCCAAACAAAACCCUUUUUUUAUUUAAAUAGUCAGCUAUUUUAGUUUUUGUUGUUUAUUUUUCUUUCCUUAUCUUGAUAAUAUCCGCAUAUAGAAUUCCUGAUUUCAAAAACUUUAUAUCAUUAUAUUUUGUUUGGAUAAUUGUUAGUUAUGAUCCUAUUGAUCAUAAAUUUCUUUAUUUUAUCAUUUAGGUACCAUAUUGUUAGAGAUUUUAUCCUUCAGGCACCAUAUUGUUAGAUAUAAUCCUAUUAAUUUGGGUUCUCUUUCUCCCUUGUCAAUUAGGAUAAUUCUUAGUUAUGAUGCUCUUAACGAGGGACCUUUGUGGCCUUUUAUAGGACAGACCUAUUUGGAAUAUUACCAAGACAAAUUAUUUUUCAGAAAAGGAAAAAACUUACGUUUGUCAAAACUAUGAGUGGGAUAAUUUCUGAUCAGUAACACUGAAAAAAAAAUUUAAACUAGGAGUGCAUGUAAAUUAUAUGUAGUGUAUAAUACCCUGUUCACUGAAUAGCCAGUUAUGUAUUUAUUCUAUUUUAUGUUAUCUAAUUUUCUUUUCAAGCUUAAACAGUCCAACUUUAGCAUGUCUGGUUUCAGGAGCCUAUAACUAAAUACUGGGUUUGUUAUAUUUAUUUGCAAUAUUCACAUGCAACUUCCUAAAUUACAUACUAUUUUUCUUUUCUCUUGGUAUGAAACAACAUGAACACUUCUUCUUAGUCUCAUGCACAAAAGACUUCUUCCAGGAAUGAGUUGAAUUUAUUAUUAGCGCUUGGUAGAUAUCCAGACCCUUCUAUUUUACGUAGGCGAAUUUAGCAUUGCUAUUUAAAAACAGGUGUGCUUGUGAAUAAAACACUUAAACACUAUAAUCAGCGAGUCAACACUCAGCAUCAGUUUAUCAUCACUGCAAAUUCAUGCUCAUUGAUAACACUUGCUGGUUGUUACAUGAAAUGACAAUUUUUUUCACAUGUAGUAUCUAUCUAACUUCUUUAGUCCAAACUAUCACUAUUUUGUGACAAGCACGAAACACUUUUAGUAGCCAUUCUUCUGAUUGAGCAGUUUUUUAUCUGAUAUUGUCAUAUAAAGCCUAUGUAAAUAUUGCUCCAGCAACGAAAAGCACUAGUUGUCUAGGACCUGCAGAUUUCACUUUGUUCUGUUUGGAAAUUUAAUAAUGCAUAUUAUGAAAUGCUGCAAGGCAACAUGGAUCUCAUGUAGCGGUUUCAUGCAACAAAACAUUUCUUUGAGACUUUUGGGUGGACAGAAUAAAAAACUGUUGGAUAGACUGUAUGAGCAACACAGUUGAAUCACUUCCCCCUUGCAGAAUGAAGACGGUUUGAUCUUUCACAUAGGUAGUUUUGUGCAUGUCAAUAUAGUAGUCAGUAGAGAAAAAUAUCAGUUUUGGUCUGUAUUGGUUAAAUGAAGAUACGUUUUU